AUGCAAACCUUCCAAUCCAGCCUGACGUCCCUCUCACUUCGAGAACUCCGACGAUUCAACGCCAUCGAAGUCCACCUGGCCAGCGCACUCCUCUAUAUUCAUUCGACCUUCUUCAAUGACCGCCAUGCCCUGAUCACCAACCACAACACCCUUGCAGAGAACUUCACCUCCUACACGGGAGCAGGAUCGAACCCGUUGAUCUGCGCAGUCUUCUUGACCGUGAGGCGCGAGGAGGAGCAUUACCUCGAAGCCUCGAUGGGGUCUCUGCUCGAGGGAUUGACUCCGCUGGAGCGCCGUGCUCUCUUCCUCAACAUCAUCUUCGUAAACACGGAUCCCAGCCAGCAUCCGAGCUGGGGACAGAACUGGGUGCAUCGACUUGCGGAUUACGUUGGAUCAUACCCGAACAUUUCCAUGAAUCAGUUUCAACACCUACAGGAGUUGGAAAAGGUGCGGAACUUCUAUGAGAAGGAAGUGUAUGACCUUAUCCACGCGCUCGAGGCCUGCAUGAUCACUAAUGCAACCUAUCUCGCGAUGUUCGAAGACGAUAUCAUCGUAGCAGACGGCUGGAUGGCCAAGACCUCCAAGGGCCUUUCGGACAUCGUUCGAAUCCAGGAGCUCAAACACAACAAUAAAAACAUACCAUGGGUCUAUCUCCGGCUCUUCUUCACGGAGACAGCGCUAAGCUGGACCUCUGCGGACUUUGCUUACCGCAACAUGGGCUGGAUCUUCAUCGGGGCAUCGUUGUCACUGCUCGCCGCGCUCAUGGCCGUCCGCCGCUCCUACCCACUCCCGGCUCUGAUUGGACUGGUCUACAUGGUCGGCAAAUACAGUCUGAUGCCCCUAGGCGGUGUUGUUCAGAUAAACGCCCACGGCUGCUAUACCCAGGGGUUGGUUUUUCCUCGCGACCAGCAGCUGCAGCAUCUGGGUCUGAAGUCGAGUCGGGAUAACCUCGAGAUCAAUACGCGGAGCACAUGGGCGUUCUGGUUUGAGGAGAACAUGUCUGCGGAUUUGAGGAAAGAGCUUGGGGAUAUGUUACGUGAUAUUGAUGUUAGACGGCUCUUGGAUGGACAUAGCUGA